AAGUUAAAGAGCUCGCUGCUCUGUUCUCUCCUCUCCCUCUCUUCCCUUCCUUUUCUCCUUCCUCAUUAGACGAACAAAGGGAGUCCACUACAAGAUCAAACACGACCCCGACCCAACACCAAGACAGGAACUCUAAAACCUCAGCAGCAGCUUUCCCUCCUUCCAUCCCUGCAAGGACACCUCUGAAUUAGGGAGGAGGUGUGCAUGGGAGUAUGGAGGCGACCAACAGCAGCAACAUCGUCGCGCCGUUCGUCAUGAAGACCUAUCAGAUGGUCAACGACCCGUCCACCGACAACCUCAUCACUUGGGGCAGGGCCAACAACAGCUUCAUUGUCGUCGAGCCCCUCGACUUCUCCCAGCGCAUCCUCCCGGCCUACUUCAAGCACAACAAUUUCUCCAGCUUCGUCCGUCAGCUCAACACCUAUGGGUUUCGGAAGGUGGAUCCCGAUCGGUGGGAGUUUGCGAACCAGUGGUUCCUCCGGGGCCAGAAGCACCUGCUGUCCAACAUCGUCCGCCGGAAACACAGCCGGAACGUGCAGUACAAGAGCGAGCUCGACAUGGACGAGGAGGAGCUGCUGGUCGAGAUUGCCCGCCUUAGAGACGAGCAAAGGGCGCUCGAGGAGGAGCUCAAGGGCAUGAACCAACGGCUCGAGGCCACCGAGCGGCGGCCCCAGCAGAUGAUGGCCUUCCUCUGCAAGGUCGUCGAGGACCCGGACUUGAUCCCGCGGAUGAUACUCGAGAAGGACCUCAAAGCCCGGAACCAGCUACCCUCGGGCGAGAAGAAGAGGCGGCUCAUGAUUAAUAACAACCCCGCCUCCUCGUCAUCUUCCUCGAGCAUGGCGGUAUCCAGCUCCAUCAAGAGCGAGGAGGAAGAUGACGGUGCAAUCGGAGUGAUCUCCUCGCCUGAGGUCGGGUAUGACAUGGAUAACUUCUGCCACUCGUCUUCCCCGCCGAUGCCGGCCCCCUUACAGUCUUAUACGGCGGUCGGUUACAGUAAUACUCCGCGGCAGGGGAGCGCGGGGCAGUUUGGGUAUUUCGCGGAGAUGGGGACGGAGGAGGCCAGUCCCCGACCGCCACCGCCUUAUCCGUUUUCAUUGUUAGGGGGUGGCUUUUAAUUAGUUUGCUUCACGAGAUUUAUCUUGGAUUCUAUCAGUCUGUAUUAAUUAUUUAUUUUUCGUUCCUUUUUUGGGUCUCCUUUUUCUCCGUUUUCUUCAUCAAUGUAUACAUUAAAAGAAAACAUCUAAAUUACGCUCUUAAUAUUCUGUCCAUGUCAAUAAUAAAGACUAGAAAGAAAAUGAAAAUAUUGAUUGGAUGUGUUUUUUUU